UUUUUUUUUUGUGUCUUUAUGUCUACUAAAUAUCAAUACGAAACAGUUAAAAUCGAAGUCUCUGCUGAAGGCAUUGCUCACUUUCAACUCAAUAGACCUAAAAAGUUGAAUGCUUUUAAUGACGAGCUUAUUGCAGAUUUUAGAAAUGCUUUCCGCGAAAUUAAUCGUGAUAGUAAUGUGUCUGUUGUUGUUGUUUCUGGUUCAGGUCGCAUGUUUACAGCUGGUUUAGACUUGACAGAAGCAAGUAUUACAAAGAUGCAAGGUGAAAAUGAAGAUGCUGCUCGCAAAGCUUAUAGAAACAGAGAGCAUAUUGAAGAUUUUCAAGAUGCCUUCACAGCCAUCGAACUCUGCCCUAAGCCUGUCAUUGCUGCUGUACAUAGCGCUUGUUUUGGUGCUGGUGUUGAUCUGAUUACUGCAUGCGAUAUUCGUUACUGUACCAAAGAUUCCUUCUUUUGUGUCAAGGAAGUCGAUGUUGGGCUUGCUGCAGAUGUUGGUUCUUUACAACGUCUUCCUAAAGUUAUUGGCAACCAAAGUUUAGUUCGUGAACUCUGUUUUACAGGCCGAAAUAUGUAUGCUGAAGAAGCAUUACAAGCUGGCCUUGUAAGCAAAGUACUCGAGAAUCAGGAAGCUGUUUUGGCCGAAGCAUUCAAAAUUGCCAGGGACAUUGCUUCUAAAUCCCCCGUCGCAAUCGUAGGUACAAAGCACUUGUUGAAUUACUCCCGCGAUCAUACUGUAGCCGAAGGUUUAGCCUAUACAGUUACUUGGAAUGCUCCUAUGCUUAACACAGAGGAUAUUCCCAAAUCAAUUCAGGCCUUUGUUAGUAAAAAGCCUGCUACUUAUUCUAAACUCUAAACAAAUAAAAUAUGCUGCAUGAAAGGAACACUAAUAAUGCAUUAUUGUGAUUUGAUCUACAAUGUGCGUCUAUUUCGAUGGAUGUCUAUUUUGGUUGACUCCCCGCCAGGAUCAUGUUUUUUCCUUUUCUUUCGCUUAG